UCCUGUAAUACAAGAGUUUGUGAUCAGCUGUUUUAUUUCAAAUGUUUAGGUAUUGGUUAAUCUUUGUGUUUGAGUUUUCGGUUAACCUAAAAUAUAACCUAUCUUAUUUGUCUUCUUUACUAGUCUAUUACUUUCUUUUGAAUGUUUGACAAAAGAUAAACCUGUUUUUAAAUGCAGCUCAAUAACCAGGCCUUAGCUAUUUGAGGUUAGAGAUCAGUAGUGAUUUCAUGAAAUAACUGGUACAUUAAGUUAAUUGCACAAGUGCUGGUGCAGAAACUCACCUGAAAUGGAACUUCAAGAUAUUUAUUAUAACAAAUCUGAGUAUGUGGAAACUGCAUCUGGAAACAAGGUCAGCAAACAGACAGUGCUGUGCGGUUCCCAAAACAUUGUGCUGAACGGGAAAGUGAUUAUCCAAUCUGAUGCAAUAAUACGAGGUGAUUUGGCAAAUGUUCGGAUAGGUCGGUACUGUAUCAUCAGUAAAAAUGCUGUCAUCAGGCCACCAUUCAAGAAGUUCAGUAAAGGUGUGGCGUUCUUCCCUCUUCACAUGGGUGAUUAUGUUUACGUGGGAGAGAAUUCUGUUGUGAGUGCAGCUGUCAUAGGAUCUUACGUUCACAUCGGAAAGAAUGUCGUCAUCGGUAGACGCUGUGUCCUGAAAGAUUGCUGUAUGAUUGAAGAUAACACAAUCCUGGGUCCUGAGACUGUAGUGCCUCCAUUCACUCGCUACGGAGGCUCGCCAGGCCUCGCGAUCGGAGAUCUACCUGAAUGCACCCAGGAUCUCAUGGUUGACUUUACUCGCAGCUACUAUGAACAUUUUGUCCCAAGGAAAGUUGCGUGAAAAAAUGCAUCUUGAAAACUCUUGAACUAUUUAUUUAAGCUUGCACUAUGUUUUUUGUUAAUCUUUAUACAUUUAAUUUAUAAAUAUUAUGAUUGUUGUAUGAUAGUUUUGUACUCACAUUUAUUAAUGUUAAUAUACCUGUAUAUUUAUUCAUUGUGUA